UCCACCGCCUCGUUUCCGGUGUGUCUCGCCGCCGAGACCCCUUUUCCGCUCCCCCCGGCCCUCCCCCCUCUGGCUCUCUUCUCCCCUGGACCAGAACAGCGCCGCCGACAUCCACUCACCCGCGCAGCCCCCUACCCGUCUCUCGCCGCCAGCCAGCCCCUCCACCCGAGGCGCACGCCUCCGCCGCCGUCAGCCAAGGGGAUUCAGUUGACUGAAUCCCCAUGCCCCCUGCUACGUCCGCUCCCGAUGCCCCGGUGGCCGAAGGGGACGAGGAGGCGCCGCCGGUGCCGACUUACCGGUCACUGGCAGCGCCGGUCAGCAAUCCGGUCGACAAGUUCGCGCUCCUCCCUGCCUUCCUCAAGGUUAGAGGCCUUGUGAAGGAGCACAUUGACUCUUUUAACUACUUCAUCACCAAAGGAAUCAAGAAUAUUGUCAGGGCAAACAACCGAAUCGAAGCACGCAGUGAUCCAGAUAUUUAUCUUGAGUACAAAAAUAUAUACAUCGGCGAGCCCUCGGUGCAAGUAGAUUUUAGAGUUGAGACUAUCACACCACACUUUUGCCGCCUUACUGAUCGCACAUAUUCUGCUCCUGUGAUUGUUGAUGUUGAGUACACUGUAGGAAAGACACAUGCCAAACAUAGGAAGCCAAAUUUUACCAUUGGGUACAUGCCUAUUAUGCUUAGAAGUUAUGCUUGUGUUCUGAACGGGAAGGACGAAGCUGAACUAGCAAGAUAUGGUGAGUGCCCUCUUGAUCCUGGUGGUUACUUCAUUGUGAAAGGAACCGAGAAGGUCAUCCUAAUACAAGAACAGCUAUCAAAGAAUCGUAUUAUUAUCGACACUGAUAAUAAAGGAAGGGUAACUGCAUCUGUUACUAGCAGCACACAUGAAGUAAAAAGCAAGACAGUGAUUUGCAUGGACAAAGAGAAAAUUAAUCUACAUCUGAAUCAGUUCACUAAGCCGAUUCCUAUAAUUGUGGUUAUGAAAGCUAUGGGAAUUGAAACUGACCAAGAGGUUGUACAAAUGGUUGGAAGAGAUCCAAGAUAUGGUGACCUCCUAUAUUUGUCUAUUCAGGAAUGUGCCACAGAGAGAAUAUAUACACAACAGCAAGCUUUGCAGUACAUGGAUGACAAGGUGACAUAUGCUGGUGCAGGAAAUAUUAAGGACGGUCGGUCAAAAUUAAUCCUCCGUGAUGUUUUUGUUGCGCAUGUACCGGUUAACAAUGGGAACUUUCAACCAAAGUGCAUAUACACUGCUGUAAUGUUAAGGCGAAUGUUGGAUGCGAUCUUGAAUUCUGAUACCUUCGAUGACAAGGAUUAUGUGGGAAACAAGAGGCUUGAGCUGUCUGGUCAAUUAGUAUCCCUGCUUUUUGAGGAUUUGUUCAAAACGAUGAAUACCUAUGCUGUAGACCGUAUGAACAAAAACAGUGACAUGGCCCGUUCCAGUCCUUUGGAUUUUAGCCAGUUGAUAAUGCAGCAGGAUGUAAUAACCUCUGGUUUGGAGAGAGCUAUUUCCACGGGAAAUUGGGACAUUAAACGAUUUAAGAUGCAUAGAAAGGGUGUUUCACAGGUUCUGUCUAGGUUAUCCUAUAUGGCGUCUUUAGGCUAUAUGACACGCAUAACACCACAGUUUGAGAAGACCCGGAAAACAAGUGGUCCACGUGCUUUGCAGCCCAGUCAGUGGGGUAUGCUUUGUCCUUGUGAUACACCGGAAGGGGAAGCUUGUGGAUUGACGAAAAAUCUAGCUUUAAUGACUCAUGUUACAACAGAUCAAGAGGAGGGCCCACUGAGGAAUCUGUGUUUUAGCCUAGGUGUGGAAGAUUUGUCACUUCUGUCCGGAGAAGAAAUCCAUGCACCGGGUUCGUUUCUGGUCAUGUUCAAUGGAUUAAUACUAGGGAAGCACAGGCAGCCUCAGAGAUUUGCUAAUAAUAUGAGAACAUUCCGCCGAUCAGGCAAAAUUGGAGAGUUUGUAAGCGUUUUUGUAAAUGAGAAACAGCAUUGCAUUCAUAUUGCCUCUGAUGGUGGCCGCGUUUGUCGUCCACUUAUAAUUGCUGACAAGGGCAGAUCAAGGGUUAAAGAGCAUCAUAUGAAAGAACUGAGGGAUGGUAUUCGUUCAUUUGAUGAUUUUCUGCGUGAUGGAUUGAUUGAAUAUCUUGACGUCAAUGAAGAGAAUAAUGCAUUGAUUGCGUUGUAUGAGCAUGUGGAUCAAGAUGGUGUUCAAAGAAGCAGCAUCACUCACAUUGAAAUAGAGCCAAUGACCAUAUUAGGUGUUGUAGCUGGACUUAUUCCAUAUCCGCACCAUAACCAAUCUCCACGUAACACUUACCAGUGUGCAAUGGGUAAGCAAGCGAUGGGAAAUAUUGCAUAUAAUCAGUUGUUUCGAGCAGAUUCUCUACUUUAUUUACUGGUGUACGCGCAACGUCCCCUGCUUACAACAAAAACAAUUGAGUUGGUGGGAUACGAUAAACUUGGCGCUGGGCAGAAUGCAACUGUUGCUGUAAUGAGUUAUAGCGGAUAUGAUAUUGAAGAUGCAAUUGUGAUGAACAAAUCAUCUCUUGAUCGUGGUUUUGGUCGUUGCAUAGCAAUGAAAAAGUACACCGUAACAUCGGAGAAAUAUGGAGAUGGUAUAUCAGACAGGAUUGCUAAACCCCAGAGAGAUAGAGAUGGUGUCUUGAUAAAGCAGAAUAUGCGGGCAUUGGAUGAAGAUGGAUUUGUUGCACCUGGUCAAAUAAUCCGCAAUCAUGAUAUCUAUGUGAACAAGCAAACACCCAAGGUUACCAAUAGAACUCCUGGUACUGCGUUAACAGACAGGGACUAUAGGGACUCACCUGCUGUUUACAAAGGUGUCGAUGGUGAGACUACCGUUGUAGAUCGUGUAAUGCUUUGUUCGGAUACAAAUGACAAAUUGACCAUUAAGUGUAUUAUCCGUCACACUAGGAGGCCGGAGGUUGGUGACAAGUUUAGUAGCAGACAUGGACAAAAAGGUGUUUGUGGCACCAUUGUUCAGCAGGAAGACUUCCCCUUCUCUGAGAAAGGAAUAUGCCCUGAUUUAAUUAUGAAUCCCCAUGGAUUUCCAAGUCGUAUGACAAUUGGUAAAAUGAUUGAACUUCUUGGGGGAAAGGCUGGUGUUUCUUGUGGCCGAUUUCAUUAUGGCAGUAUAUUUGGUGAACCAAGUGGUAAUGCUGAUAAAGUUGAAGACAUAAGCCAUACGCUUGUCAAGCACGGGUUCAGCUAUAGUGGAAAAGAUUUCUUGUACUCAGGCAUUUUAGGCCAUCCUCUUCAGGCAUAUGUCUUCAUGGGGCCAAUCUAUUACCAGAAACUGAAGCACAUGGUUCUUGAUAAGAUGCAUGCUCGGGCUAGUGGACCACGAGUACUACUGACCAGGCAACCUACUGAAGGGCGAAGUCGUGAUGGAGGUCUGCGUCUUGGUGAGAUGGAGCGUGAUUGUUUAAUUGCAUACGGUGCCAGCAUGCUAAUCUUUGAACGUCUCCUACUAUCCAGUGAUCCAUAUCAAGUCCAGGUUUGCAGGAAAUGCGGUCUGUUAGGCUACUACAAUUACAAGCUGAAGACUUCCUUCUGCUCGAUGUGCAAAAACGGAGAAAACAUGGCCAAGAUGAGGAUGCCGUACGCUUGCAAGCUUUUGUUUCAGGAGCUGCAAUCGAUGAACGUUGUCCCACGCUUGACGCUGACAGAAGGAUAAAUACAGAAUUCGACAAAGCUAUGCCCUGAUGUUAGGACCGUCAGAGGCGAAUCAGUCUCCAUUUUCCUGGCAGAACUGUAGCAGCAACGCGGUCGCCUCGUCGUGCUGUAACCUGUGGAUGACAGAAGCAUCGGCACGGGGAGAUUGUUACAAGGGAUGCAAGGCCGAGUGUGUUUUUAUGGAUUUAUUAUAGAAAGAUCUCAGGCUCUCGGCAUAGUUUCUGCAUAGAAGAGAUAUAUGAGAGUAGGUUUUGUUGCCCUCUUGAUUUAUUACGAGGGAGAGAUGAUCAGAGAUUCAGAGGAGUCGUGAAAUAAUAGUUGGAUCAUUUGUAUAUGUGGUGUUUUUCGGUGCGCAUCUGAUGUGUUUUGAUUCCUGUGCAUGAAAGGAUAGUUCUGUCA